AUGGCCGUCGCCGUCAGGAAAGAGAAGUCGACGAAGCGGCCGAGGAGGCUUAUGCUCUGCGCGAAGAACGCGCCGCGCGCAAAGCUGCCAGAAAGGCGGCGCAGAAGGCCUCCCGAGCGGCGGAGCGUCGCGAAGGCGGUGUCCCGAUCACAUUACCCGAGUUCAUCAGCUGUGCACUACGACAACUUCGUGGAGAGGCUGGAAGAUCUGGGCUACGAUGAUGUCUUUCCCGGCAAGGUGCUCAACGCCGAAACGAGCGGGAUGAUUGCCAUGGAGUACAACUUCGACCCAGUUUUCGAGGACGCUGCCGAGAAAGGCGAGGAAGAGGAGAGAGAUUUGAAGGCGAGGCCGGAAGUUGAAGAUAAGAGUCUCCUCCCGAGUCGUCCACCUGUCGUGACGAUCAUGGGCCAUGUCGACCACGGCAAGACCACCAUCCUCGACUAUCUCCGCAAGAGCUCCGUUGCUGCUGGCGAGGCUGGAGGCAUCACGCAACACAUUGGUGCCUUUAGCGUGCCGCUCAGUGGGAGCGGCAAAUCCAUCACAUUCCUGGACACUCCCGGGCACGCUGCGUUUCUAGCAAUGAGACAACGCGGCGCCAACAUUACCGACAUUGUCGUCUUGGUAGUUGCGGCGGAUGACUCCGUCAAGCCUCAAACGCUGGAGAGUCUCCGCUGCGCGCGCGAAGCCGGUGUGCCGAUCCUCGUCGCGAUCAAUAAGAUCGACAAGCCGGAGGCGGACGUGGAGAGGGUGAAGAAUGAUCUCGCACGCCACGGGGUGGAAAUUGAAGACUUUGGCGGAGACACGCAAGUGAUUUGCGUCAGUGGGAAGACCGGCAAGGGCAUGGAAGACUUGGAAGAGGCCACCGUCACACUCUCCGAAAUCCUGGACCAUCGCGCCGAAGCCGAUGGACCGGUGGAGGGAUGGGUGGUGGAAGCUACGACAAAGAGUUCAGGCCGCGUGGCCACCGUGCUCGUGAAGCGCGGCACGCUACGACCUGGUGCCGUCAUCGUGGCCGGCAAGACUUGGGGCCGAGUGCGGACGCUCAAGAACGAAGCCGGACAAAUCGUUCACGAAGCCGGGCCUGGCAUUCCGGUCGAGGUGGACGGAUGGCGACAUCAGCCCUCAGCCGGAGACGAAGUCUUGCAAGCCCCCAACGAGCAGAAAGCCGGGGAUGUGGUCGAGUACCGCCAGGAGAAAGAAGAGCGCGAGCGCACAGCGCAAGACAUGGAAGCUAUCAACGAAACGCGGCGAGUGGAGCAAGAACGACGAGCGCGCGAAAAAGCCGAGGAGUCCGCGAAGAAGAGCAGCGGCACCGCCGCCAUAGAUGCCCCUCCCUCUCCCGCGGAGACCGCUUCAACUGCGCAGAAGGAACCAGGCCAACUCACCGUCCCCUUCAUCAUCAAAGCCGACGUCUCCGGCUCCGCAGAGGCAGUCGCAGCCUACAUCCCCUCGCUCACGAGCCCGCUCAUCGCGCCCCAAAUCCUGCAAAGCGGCAUCGGCCCCGUGCACGAGAGCGACAUCGAGUUCGCAGCCACGGUCGGGGGCCACAUCAUCGCUUUCAACCUGCCGGCCAACAACGACGCCAAAGCGGCGGCGGAAGCCAAGGGCGUGCGCAUCCUGGAGAACAAUAUUAUCUACCGCGUGCUGGAUGAUGUUAAGGAGGUGUUGGAGGGGAAGCUGCCGCCGCUUGUGACGCAGCGCGUGCUGGGCGAGGCUGAGGUGAGUGUGAGUUUUGAUAUUGAUAUUGGGCGGCGGAAGAGGAUGUGGAUUGCGGGGUGUAAGGUGCGGAAUGGGGUUGUGGGCAAGGGGAGUCGGGUGAGGGUUAUGCGGGGGAGUGAGAAGAUUUAUGACGGAACGAUUUCUUCGCUCAAGAACGUCAAGAAGGACGUGCAGGAGAUGCGCAAGGGCACGGAGUGUGGGAUUGGGUUUGACAUGUGGGAGCACUUCAAGGUCGGCGACCAGGUGCAGACGUAUGAGGAGGUUAGUGAGAAGAGGAGGCUGUAG